AUGAGCGGUCGACGGAAGAAGUCAGGGUCUCGUGGAUCAAUAAGAGCAGCGUCAAAACGAAGUUCACAAGGUUCACUGAGGAAAGUGGCAACAGUUGUGUCAGUUGCCGUGGUCAAUGUUGAUCUUGAUGAGGGAAAAGCUGAAGAUCAGGGAAAACUGGAGAGAUCGAAGCAGCAGGCCACUGCUCUCGCCGAAAGUGCAUGUGAAGGUGCAAAAAUUGAAAGCGAAAAGAUUGGUUCAGUAACCGAUUCCACCAAACCUGUCACUUUCACUGUACGUAGAACUGAGAAAGAAGAACCAGAUAUAAAUACACCAUCACAACCUCGAAGUCAACUAACCAGUGAAUCUCGCCUGCCAACGCUUCCCUGCACAGGAGAUUCCGGAAUUCAGAAGGAAGAUGAUUCUUCUAAGCACAGUUCGAAGCGUUCUUCUCGAUCUAAAAGAAGUCGAAGUUCUCGGUCACGAAGAAGUCGACGCACUGGACCGAGGAGCCGCCGACGAAAAAGAAGAUCAAAAUCGUCAUCAAAAAGUCGAGAAUCAAGGAGAACAGGAGCACGUAGGCCAUCAAGCAGAAGCAAAUCAUCGAAAGGUCGAAAGGUGUCCAAGAAGAACUAUCAUUCUGCUAUCAUUUCUGCUAUGCAAGGAAGAAUACUUGUGGAGUCUGAAAAAGAAGAAUUUAUUGAACUCUUGGAAUGUCCAAGACCAAAGUGUAAGCGUUGCAAGGAACUGAGAAAAAAACUAGGUAUUCCGAGGGCACAACCAGAUGAGAUCGAUGUCGAGGUAAAACCCGGAACUGCGGAUCAAUCAAGAAGACCUAGUUCUCGAAUAAAGCACAAAGCCAAACAACCUACAACGGAAUCGGCGGGUGUGAGAUUUUGUACAUGUGCUGAAUGUUCACGAUACAGACAACAAGGGGAAAUUAUUCAGUAUUCUGACGUGACCACUCCACCAAGAAGAUAUCGAUCUUCUUCUUCUUCUAAAGUUGCUUAUAAACAAUAUGGGAUGAAAACGCCAGAGAGUUCAGUGAAAUUGAAAUCACCAAAAUCAGAUGCAUCGAGAAGAAAAUCGCUAGGUGUUAAAAUUCCCUCUCCGGCCGGUUCUCUACACAGUACAUUUCCUAUCAAUCUAAAAGAAUCAAAACCUACAAGUCCUUUCAAAACUCCUCAAAAAAGAACCAUACCUAUUCAUAUUCAAAGAAGUAAACAAGAAGUUAAAACCACUCCGUUCUUUACACCACAAACUCAGCUGUCAUCGUCACUUCGUACGGCCAGAUCUGGUUCUACACCAACAAGUUCGUGGACUAAAGGUGGAACUCGAGUAAAAAGUUCUUCUCGACCACAAACUCCUACUCAGUUAGCCCCAAGCAAUGUGCCGGUGCUCUCCGCUCCAAAACCAUCGCAGCCGCCGCCGCCGGCUGUUACCGUGGAGAAGAAAGGUUUCUCGCUAACAUCUGGAGGAUCAAGCCCUGCUACUGUAACUGCAAAGUUGAUCGAAUCUCCUGCUGCAUGCCCUCCUACUAGAACUGCAACAACUUACAUUCCUGAACGCGACUACAAUCCGGUCUGUAAUUGCACCAACUGUAGAACUGAAAGAAAUAGACGGGAAGAGAAUGAUAUUUGUGACUGUUAUGAUUGUAUCUGUGAGACGAAAUCAUCCAAAUCUGAUGACAAAACUUCAUCACAAACAAAGAGCCCUCAUCCACCAAAACGAGUCAAAGCCGAAUACGAAUGGAUUAAGAAGUUGCUGAAAAUACAACAACCUCAUGGACGUUACCAUUCUCCGAAUCCGAGAAAUUAUGAUUAUCCAUGGCGGGUCUAUCAUCGCAAAUCAUCAACGUCAAGACAUUCACAUCAGAGCGGAAGUGGUGCAUAUCGGCAACGAUCAACAAGUGGCCCACUUGGGAUUUCUUCAUCAUCCGUAUCGCAGAAGGAAAGUCAACCUUCGAUUGUUUCAUCCGGCACUGGUCAAACGGUCCCAUUACAACUGCGUGAGGAAAAAUCUGCAGUUUCUAAAACCAGAGGCGAACAACCAUCGACCAGCAGUGCAUCAGGAACAACUAACCCUCAACCAACAGAACCUGUGAAUGAACCAGGAGGACGUAAAAAAUCGAAUCGAAGAAACCGAUCAUAUCGUAAAAGUCGUUCGAGGCGAGACCGAUCUAGUGACGAAUCAAGUGAAAGUUGGACCGAACCAGAAGAUGAUACAUCGGGAUCAAGCUAUAAGACGCCUCGAUCGAGAAUGAGAUCGUUAAGCCAAAGGAAAUGGAAGAAAAGAAGAUCAUGGAGAUAA